UGCGGAUGGGUGGCGUUCGUGAAUCGUGAUUUAGGCUAUGUUUACGGUUUCCUACAAAUACAGGGUGUUUACAAACACAGGGUCGCAACUUCGUGAAUCGUGAUCUAGGUCGAAAUUUGUCUGCAUGUAAUACAUACAGCUUUAAGAACAUUGAAACGCCAUUUUUGUGUGUGAAACCAAACAGUGUACCGUGUGAGGUGGUAGAAUGAAGAGUGUCGUUCUUUUGGCGUUAGUAUUUAGUUUUUAUAUUAUCCAUGUACUUUCGGACGUGAACUUAGAGCGAAAAAAGCUAAAACAAAGCACACCAUGUUAUGAUGAACUUGAUGAUCCUUACAUUCAAUUUGCCACAAAAACAGGUUAUCGUGUGAAUCAAAACAAGGAUGAUGAUGAAAUAAAAUAUAAAGGGUGUAGUGCCAAACAAUUCUGGCUCAUGUCUAGACAUGGUACGAGGAAUACUGGUACUAAAGACAUGAUAAAGAUGAAAACAGAGCUACCUCUCAUUUUCAGAAAUACAAAGGUUAAUCACAAAGCAGGAAGAGGAAGUCUUUGUGACGAUGACAUAAAAAAUCUUGAAGAUUGGGAAUUCCUUGCUAAUGUUACUGAGGACAAGUAUCUUGUUACUGAAGGUUUCCAUGAACUGAAAGGUCUUGGGAAACGUUUUCAGAAAAGGUUUUCAACCCUCCUAUCUAGACCAUUUGUCAAUGAGUCUUAUGUGUUCCAGUUUACUGAUUCUGAAAGAACAGAUGUAAGUGCACAAGCAUUUGCCCAAGGAAUGUUUGGGAGGCGAGAUUCUUCAAAUGUAUACAUGAAGAAAUCAUCCAAGCCUGAUUAUCUUUUAAGGUUCUACAAAACCUGUGACAAGUGGUUAAAGGAAGUUGAUGAAAAUUCUACUGCAAUAAUUGAGAAGAAAAUGUAUGAAAAAUCUCCAGAAUUCUUGGGCAUGAUAAAAUCUGUCUCUGAUCGCAUGGGAUUUACUUCUUCUCUUAAACUAGAGGAAGUUGACUUAAUGUAUUCCAUGUGUUCCUUUGACAAAGCUUGGCGACCGAAAGAUCUUUCUCCUUGGUGUGCCGUUUUCAACGAAGACGAUCUCCAGAUAUUAGAAUACCGUGAAGAUCUUGAAUAUUUCUACGAAGACGGAUACGGUUACCAAAUCAAUUACGAGCAAGCUUGUGCACCUCUAAAGAAUAUCUUUGAGAACUUCAGAAAAACGGUUUCAGAAGAAAGUAGUGUUUCCCAACCGAAAGGAUUUUUUUAUUUCACUCAUUCUGGAACUAUACUUAAAGUUCUUGCUCGUAUUGGGCUUUACAAAGACAAAGUUCGUCCCACACAUUCAAACCGUCUAGAACAAAUGAACAGAGCAUGGCGAACUUCACGAAUCGAUUCAUUUGCUUCCAAUAUUGCAUUUGUCCUAUUUAAAUGUGCCGACGACUACCGUGUUACUGCCUUCAUCCAAGAACGUCCCGUUCGACUGCCAGGAUGUUCCGAUGAUUUUUGCCACUUCCGUGAAUUUGUUGAUCAGUAUGGUUCCUUGGUUUCGAAGUGUAGCAUUGAUGACAUAUGUCGCGUGUGAUUGCAAAUGCUUAGUCUCUCUAUAUGGAUACAGACCUUUGGAAAACUGGCUGGUCUCCGCCAAGCGUAAAUAGCGCAACUACUACGCCGCGUAGGUAGGCUAUUUUUGGAUCAGAAGGGGUACGAAGUUCCCUUGGCCCUCCUCAUUUCCAUCUUUACCUGUGUGUAAUGGUUAUGGUUGAAACCAGCCAGUUUUUCCAAAGUCUUUAUUCAUUUUCCAAGAUAACCCUGAACUGCAUAAUUAGUGAAUUAUUAUUCAUAACUGUGGGGCCACAGAUUCAUGUAAUCGUACAAUUUAAUUCUUCCCUUCUUCUGCCAUGUGCGCAAUUUUGCAUAAUUUCUGGUCAAAGGAAAGCUUUUUUAAGGUUUUAUAUAUCAAUUGAUGUGACUCAAAUCGCAACAUUUAAACAUAUACACUAUACAGUGCACGUCAGUCAAUGUA